AAGUCCCGCCCCUAUGAAAGCUUAACUGGAAGUUGAACGCAUACAGGCAGGCUGGCGGAGAGACAAUACUCGAGGUUAGCUAGAUAACAAUGUUCUAAUCGUUGACCUUUUUAUUUCACAAGACUGGAUAUUCAAGAGGUAGGAGAGUAGGAAACAUGGCAACAUAUUUGCUGGAGCAUCGACAUACAGCGCCGAAACUAUGCGUCUCACUUUUCGUCUUCCUCCUUUUUGUUGUUGGCCCCAUCACGGCUCUCAGCGUCGGCGAGGCGAGGCUUGUCAGAAGCAACACCGUCGCAAAAGUAGAGGUAGAAGACUAUACAAAAUACUACAAUUAUGUCGAAAUGACCAGGCUACUGAAGUUCAUGGCCAUGAAAUACCCUUACAUCGCCAACCUGUCCAGUAUAGGCCAGUCCGUGCAGGGCAGGGAGUUGUGGGUUAUGCGAAUCACAAAGGACCCCAACGCUGACGUACCGGGAAAACCCAAAUGUAAAUACGUGGGGAACAUGCACGGGGACGAAACUAUCUCGAGGCAGGUGUUGGUGUACCUUGUGAACUACCUACUGACGAGGUAUGGAGAGGACCCGCGUAUCACGGAGUUGGUGACGAGCACGGAUAUUUACAUUAUGCCCAGUAUGAACCCAGACGGGUUCGAAAGGUCCAGAGAGGGGGACUGUAGUGGCGACGCUGGGGGUCGUUCCAACGCCAAGAACAUGGACCUCAACAGAAGUUUUCCUGACCAGUUUGACAAAAUCAACGUCCAGCAAGAAGAUGUUCCAGAGGUUACAGCUGUCAUUAAAUGGAUCCUGGAGAAAAAGUUUGUCCUGUCAGGGAACCUGCAUGGUGGCACUGUGGUGGCCAGCUACCCCUUUGAUGACUCGGCCUCCCACAUGAUGCAAGGUUACUACAGCAGCUCUGUGGACGACAACCUGUUUAAACACCUGGCGCUGACCUACGCCAAGAACCACCCCGUCAUGAGGACCGGGGAACCCAAGUGCCCAGAUACCCCCGACGAAACCUUUGAGGAUGGCAUCGUCAACGGGGCAAAGUGGUACGAUGUACCCGGAGGCAUGCAGGACUAUAACUACCUGAAUGGAAACUGCCUGGAGAUCACCAUGGAACUGAGCUGCUGUAAAUUUCCACCGGCCUCCGAGUUAAAGAAAGAGUGGGACUAUAACAGGGAGUCACUCAUUGCCUACCUGGAGCAGGUUCACAUUGGAGUUCGAGGCUAUGUGAACGAGGCUACCAAUGGGACAGCUCUGCCUGAUGUCAGCAUCGUGGUGGCUGGCAUCAACCAUAACCUGACCACGGCCAAGUUUGGUGACUUCUACCGCCUGCUGCUUCCUGGGACGUACAAUGUCUCAGCUGUAGCCACAGGGUACGUGUCCAUGACAGUAGUUGGGGUUCAAGUGGUGGAGGGCAAGGCCACUGAGCUCAACUUCACCCUGGCACCCCUGGGAAAUGAACCCACAGGUGGCAUAACCGUACCCUUUACCACUACCACUGUCCCUACCACAACCUCUGUCCUUACCACAACCUCUGACCCUGACUCCACCACCAUCGAGACCUCAAGCACCACUUCUGAGAUGGGGACCUCUGGGGCCAACGAGAGCUACACUCCCCAGGAGGCUCAGCCCCCAGCCCAGCCUGAGCACCAGCCCAUCCAGCCACAGGACUUCCGCCACCACCAUUACAAUGACAUGGAGCUGUUCCUGCGCAGGUACAGCAACAGGUUCCGUUCCAUCGCUCAUCUGUACUCCAUUGGGAAGUCAGCAGAGGACCGUGAGCUCUACGUCAUGGUGAUAUCAGACAACCCCACCGUCCACGAGGCAGGUGAACCAGAGUUCAAGUAUAUAGCUAACAUGCAUGGGAACGAGGUGGUGGGACGCGAGCUGCUCCUCAACCUCAUUGAGUACCUGUGCCAUAACUAUGGCAGCGACCCUGAGGUCACCCAGCUGGUCAACACGACCCGGAUACACAUCAUGCCUUCCAUGAACCCAGAUGGUUAUGAGAUCGCCAAGGAGGGUGAUGUCAGAGGGUACACGGGACGCAACAACAGUAACAACUUUGACCUGAACCGAAACUUUCCUGACCAGUUUACUACCAUCACUGAACCCAGGCAGCCAGAGACCAUCGCUGUGAUGAACUGGCUGAAGAGUUAUCCCUUUGUACUCUCAGCCAACCUACAUGGAGGGUCAUUGGUGGUCAAUUACCCAUAUGAUGAUGACAAGCAGGGACGUACGGAGUACAGCAAGUGUCCUGAUGACAAGGUCUUUAAACAGGUGGCCAGAUCCUACUCUCAGGAAAAUGCUCUGAUGCACAAAGGACACCCUUGUGAGGACCUUUACCCAUCGGUGUUCUUUGAGGACGGCAUCACCAACGGCGCCAACUGGUACAAUGUUCCCGGUGGUAUGCAGGACUGGAACUAUCUGAACACUAACUGUUUUGAGGUGACCAUAGAGUUGGGCUGUGUGAAGUACCCUAAGGCCCAGCACCUGCCUAUGUACUGGGACCAGAACCGCAGAGCCUUACUGCAGUACAUCCACCAGGUCCACAGAGGAGUAAAGGGCAUGGUGAUAGACAUUAGAGAUGGUACAGGCAUCCCUAAUGCCACCAUCAUGGUGGAGGAGAUCAAUCAUCCAAUCACAACCAACCUAGCUGGAGACUACUGGAGACUUCUGGUCCCUGGGACGUACCACCUCACCGCCUCUGCACGGGGGUACAACUCAGUAAAGAUCUACGCCACAGUGCCAGAGGAGGGGGUGGAGCUGGUAGACUUCCGGCUGACACGGGUGCGUUCGGAGCCCAAUGGACAGGCCCCCAAGGAUCCUGGAGCCACCCAGGACCCUGCGGAGGAGCAGUUCCAUAGCUUCAUUAAGGACCUGUCUCUUGGCCAGGGGCUGGAACAGCUGGUUCAGAGUACCGCCACAGAGAGCAGCUUCAGAUACAGACGCUACAAAGAGCUGUCAGAGUUCCUGAGGGGUUUGACGCUCAACUUCCCCAAGAUCACCUCCCUGCAUAGUUUGGGCCAGAGUGUGGAGUACAGGACCAUCUGGGCCUUGGAGAUUUCCAACAAACCAGACGAGCCUGAAACGGCCAAGCCCAAGAUCCGCUUGGUGGGAGGUAUCCAUGGCAACGCCCCCGUGGGCACAGAGCUCCUGCUGGAGUUCGCUGCCUUCCUCUGCAUCAACUACGACAAGAACCCCACCAUCACCAGGUUGAUAAACGAGACGCGGAUCAUCAUCCUUCCCUCCAUCAACCCAGAUGGACGAGAGCUGGCCAGAGAGAAACAGUGCACCUCUACUGUGGGCAUGACGAACGCACACGGGAAAGAUCUGGACACUGACUUCUUUGGUAAUGCCUCCCAGCGGGUGGUGGAGGCUCAGCCAGAGACCAGAGCAGUGAUGGACCUGAUCUUAGAGAGGGGCUUCACACUCUCUGUAGCCCUGGAUGGAGGCUCCCUGUUGGCUACUUACCCCUACGACAAGCCCGUACAGCCCGUUGAAAAUGAGGAAACUCUGAAGUACUUGGCCAAUGUGUACGCCAGCAACCAUCCCAAGAUGCACCUGGGGGAUACGGGAUGUCCAAGCAAUGGCCAAAUGGGUAACAUCCCAGAUGGAGUACUCAGGGCAGCAGAGAGACAAAGUCACAUGGGUAGUAUGAAGGACUUCAGUGUGGACUUUGGCCACUGUCCAGAGAUCACGGUGUAUACUGGCUGCUGUCUGUUCCCCCCGGCCGAGCAGCUGGCCACGCUGUGGGCUGAGAACAGGAAGGCACUGCUCAGCAUGCUGGUGGAGGUCCAUAAAGGUGUGCGUGGCAUGGUGAAGGAUAAGAGUGGGAAGCCCAUCGUGGGGGCCAUGAUAGUGUUGAAUGGGGGUGUGAGGGUGUUCACUGCAGAGGGAGGCUACUUCCAUGCUCUUCUGGCACCAGGAAACCACAACAUAGAGGCUGUGGCUGAUGGCUACCAGCAACAACGUCAGGAGGUGGUUGUGUCGUCAUAUGAAGCCGCCAGCUCCAUCAUCAUAGAGUUUGACAUGGACAACCGCAUUUUUGGUCUGCCCCGGGAGUUUGUUGUGGCUACUGCAGCGGCCUCCAUGACGGCCCUGGUGGUGACAGCCUGUAUCAUCUGGUGUGUGUGCUCUGCUAAAUCCAACCAGCAGAAGGAUGGUUUCCACCGGCUGCGGCAGCACCGUGACGAUUACGAGGACGAGAUUCGCCUUGGCUCCAAGAAAUCCCUGCUCUCCAACGAGUUCCAGGAUGAGAGCGAAAGCGAUGAGGACACGCUCUACGCCAACGCCAACAAACUCUGAGAUCCCACAUACAUACAUACAUACAUACAUACAUACAUACACACACACACACACACACACACACACACAUACACACAUACAUACAUACAUGGCCAACCUGGGUCGUAUUCAUUAAGCACCAAACUGAUUAAAACGGACGGAAACAGGGAAGGGACAAUAAGAAACGUUUGUUUUUGCUUUAUGUUGUUCGAAAACGUUUUGCUACAGUGUGCCCAAAUGAAUACGACCCUGUUAGUACUGGGCAAUUCCACAUUAACAGAGUGAUGCUGAGACUCCAAUUUAACACUUUAAAACAAAAACCAAUAAUUGCAAAGUUGAACACAUUGUAAGACUUGAUGCACAAGGACUACUUUUAACCAUUUCCAUAGAACAUUUUACAAUAACACAUUUACUUGAAGAACAGUGCAGAUUCAAAGUUUGGUAGCAGAAUGACAGUUUGUGCUGUUGGGGCCAUCAUUCUGUAUUUUGUAUUAUGUUCUGUGGAAAUUGUAGUAGAGUUAAUGUGCAUAGAGUUGUAUAGUUUUUGUUUGAAAUACAUUUUAAAGUGAAAAAUCUGAGUCUCACCUUGUUACUGUGGAAUUUCUCUACUAAUACUGCACCUCCCUGUGACUGUUGAGUUGGUCGUUGUUGUGCUCUGUGGCUCUGCUUUACUGGAGAGGACGAGGUGGAGCAGGGAGGGCUUGUUCUUGUCCGUCCCUAUAAGAUUCUCCAGGUCCCAUUUGCCUGUCCUCCCGCCCACCAGAGAGAGCUGUUUCAGAGACCACAACGGUCCUCUAUGGCUGGUGUCCAAGCCGAAUCAUCCAAAUUAACACCUGCUUUGCUCUGUCUACAGAUGCACACUAAACGCCUAGUGGAGCUGGGCAACCUUUUUUUUUUCUUCAUGCACGCAACACACACAUGCACACUUUUGCAGUUAGCCACUCAUCAACCUGUCCAUAUAUUUAUUUGAUACUUAUACUUGGAACUAGUACCAAUGAAUAUACCAAUUGCAGUCAUUUGAAAUUAUUAAAGAAAUGUCUGUUUCUCAAAGUUUUUGUCAGUGUUGUCACAGUCCAGUUAGCCAGUCUUUCAGAGGGAGCAUCAAACACAGUGCCUUGGCUGAUGUAGAGUUAGACAUGCCACUCUCUUUUAGGGCUACAGCACAGAAGCGUGGUGGUGUGGGUACUAGAUAUACUAGAAUCUUGUCCAGAUUAUGGUCUAGGACCGAUUAUAAUCUGUGAUCCAUCAUAUACUCAGGUGAUAUGGAAGACAUUAGUCAUCCAGGAUUCAUCCAGGGGUCUGGAGUAUUUUAAGAGAUGCACUCUUUCAGAGCAGAAGACUUACAAUGGGCCCGGGUUCACAGGCUGCAUGCGUUUUCACUUCUAUUGCCCUCUGCUUAUUCAUGUGCCCUCUUGAACAUACAGCACAAGGCACAUCUGCAUUUUACUACAGGCACUGUAUGUUAAAUACAAAUACAUGAUUCCCCAUUUAAUUGUUCAGGGAAUGCACUUUGAAAUAGAUGCAAAUAAUGUAAAUCACAAAUGGAUGGUUUUCUUAAUGUUUUUCCAUUUGAAAGAGAAUCUAUGCUUUUUCUUUCUACACACGUUUCAUAUCUCAAAAUGACCCUUAAGAUGGCAAAUUACUUACCCAUGCUUUAAUAAUCAGCCGCAACAUAUAGAUGUAUAUUUUGUUGUAAUUUACUUGUAUUUUUUUUCAUGCAUUCAUGAUUUAUUUGUACAUCUGAUAAAUCAUAAUUCUAUCAAAUCCUUGUGCUAGAUGUCAACCCUACAUUACUGAAAAGGCUGCAGAACGUCUGCUCUAGAACCAUCCAGCAAUUGUGGGAGAGCGUUUAGAGAGGAUGGCAUCUUCCUCUACAACAGUGGUCACCAACCCUGGUCAUGAGGAGUAUAAGGUGUGCAGACUUUUGUUCCAGCCCAACAUUAACCCUUCCAAUUCUACUCUCAUCAAGGUCAUUUUGAGUAGCUGGUUAGUCGAAUCAGGUAUGUUAGUGCUGGGCUGGAACAAAACCCUGUACGCUAUGUAGUUUUCCAGGACCAGGGUGGAGGACCACUAGUCUACAGGGGUGUCUGACUCCUAACGAUCAUCUCAGUUGCACAUAAUCAAUAUUGUAGCAAAGCCAGGUAAUCUUAGGGGGAGAAAGUAAGUUAUUUUUUUAUUUGAUUUACAUUGUGUGUGAGAGGGAUGGAGAGUGUUUUCUGAAUGGAUGUUGGGGUUUUGAUGUAAAUGGUUAUUUUCGUUUCUUUUUAUAUGAAACUGAAUUGAUUGUAGAUAAUGAACUGUUGCCAAGUGUAUUUGAAUGAGAAAAAUACGUGCAAUUCAUGUUAACCCUGACUACAACACACAUUUCAUAACAAACCAACCUGUUACGUUGUAUGUGGUGAUAUGACAGACAUGCUAACAUGAACACUCUUCAAGACAUUGAUGAAAUUAAAAAAUAUGGAAAGAAAA